UUUCAUAAGUGAAUUUCCGUACCAGUUCAGUUCAGUGUUGUUUUGCUGGCAGGAGAGAGCUCUGGGAAAAAGGAAGGAAAAGUGAAAAAUCAAUUUCCUUCUUUUUCGGGUGAAAAUUGGGAAACUAUUUUCACUGCGUUAUUUCCGCUGAUUAGCGGGGUGUUGGAAACAAGGAGAAAUAUCGGACCUUUUUAUAAAGCAUAGCAAUUAUUGAUCGAUCGCUGAGUGAAGUCGAGUAUUUCGCAAUGCGAUGGUGUUCGUGAAAUUUAUCGUUUUGUUCGGAGCCGUCUUCUUGGUUGGAUAAAGAAGGAGAGGUUUUUUUUUCGCAAAUUUUUCUUCCUCUUCGCUUUGCGGCGGAUCUCUUCUGCUGAUGUGCUUGGUGCGGUCUCUUGCGGUCUAACCUGAGUGAGUGCGGAAUGAAACACAAGUGAAAAAAUAAUGCCCGCUGAUGAUGUGCGAUUAAGUAAAAAAUAGUGGAAGCAGAGAGAAAAAAUUCAAUACAUAAUACAAGUGAAGCAGUUGCGAAAUUGAUUUACCUACCAAGUUUUAGUGCACUCGGUUAACGGAGUUCCUAGGAAAUAGCUUUCUGGGUGAGGUGAAAGUUUUCACUGGGAACACUGUCAAGUGCAUCUGGGUACCUGCAAAAGGGAGUGUUAUUACGGAUCCGUUGCAGCACCGAAGGAAUUAUCGUGCUAUCUCCGGGUCUGCGCUGUGCUGAGGGUCGAAUUUUGAAUUACGUUGCAACACGCGGUACGGUACCGCUAGAAAAGACGCGUGUAGUAUAAACACGAUAAAUAGAAGAAGAAUCGGUGAAUGAGCACAAAGAUAAACAACAUGGAAUCAGUGCCGCCACCGUCGACGGCGAAGACGGUUACAACGGGGAAUGGAGUGCAAAAGCAAGAACCGGAUGAAGGUAAUAGAGCUGCGGUGGCAACGAAGAAGCAGCAGCAGAAUAUACAAAAGCAGCCCAAAGAGCUCCACUAUGUGAAUCCGUUCGUGCACAAGCUGAUCUGGGAUGAUCCUAUCGAUAAAAUUAAGACCGCCUUCCUCACAGUAUUCCUGUUGCCAUUUCGAGUGAUACUCAUCAUAGUCUGUCUAGUGAUAGCGUGGACUUUAGCAACAAUUGGACUAUACGGAGUAACCCGUGAAGAGUUAAUGACGAAACCUCUGUCCGGAUGGAGACGAGAGCUACGCCACGUAACCGCGGUAGUGAUGCGAGCACUGUUCCUGUUCGGUUCGUUCAACCUCAUCCGGACAAAGGGCGAACGGGCAUCGCCAAAGGAGGCUCCGGUGAUUUGCGUGGCGCCACACACCGCGUUCUACGAUUCGAUUUGCGUGAUCCUGUUCGGGCCGUCGGCAGUGGUGGCCAAGUACGAAACCGCUUCGCUCCCAUUCUUUGGAAAGCUAAUCGACUACGCGCAGCCCAUCUACGUGUGCCGUGAGGACCCAAAUUCUCGGCAGACCACCAUCAAGGAGAUUAUCGAACGUGCCAACUCCAAGGAAGACUGGCCUCAGAUCUUGAUCUUCCCCGAGGGAACCUGCACCAAUCGGACGUCGCUGAUCCAGUUCAAACCGGGUGCCUUCUAUCCGGGCGUUCCUAUUCAACCGGUACUGGUGCGGUACCCAAACAAGAUUGACACCGUAACAUGGACCUGGGAGGGACCGGACGCGUUACAACUGCUGUGGCGAACGCUAACGCAAUUUCACACAUUCUGCGAGAUUGAAUUCAUGCCCGUUUAUCACCCCAGCGAGGAGGAAAAGAAGGAUCCCAAACUGUACGCACGAAACGUACGGAAUCUGAUGGCUCGGGAGUUGGGCAUUCCCGUUUCCGACUACACGUUCGACGAUUGUAAGCUGAUGACGUUCGUCAAGAAUGUUAACAUGCCAUAUGCAGCAUUUAGUACCGACAUCGAUAAACUAAGGAAGGAACUAGGAUUAAAUAAGCUUCACAUCGAAGAGCAAAUACUAGCAGACGAUACCAAAUUUACAGACGAGAAUAGUUACCUGACGAUAGAGGAGUUUUCCAGACGGUUGAACGUUGCAGUCGAUAACGAUUCGACGAAAAAGCUCUUCCGAAUAUUUGUUAAGCCUGAACGCAGCAUGGACGUGAUCGAUGUUAGGGAGUAUCUGCUGAUGACGUUGUUCCUCAUCACACUGUAUUCACCAAAGUUGAACUAUGUCAGAGCAUUGUUCCAGCUUUACGGCGAUCGUGGGAAGGUCUCUCGACAGUCCUUCUACGAUACACUGAAGUACCUAGUACUGAUCAAUCCCCAAGAAGUGGAUGCCAUCUUCAUGACGGCGGAUAGUGAAAAUUUGGGUGAAAUUUCGUUUGAACAAUUCACCAAAGUGCUGGACAAGUACCCAGCGAUCCAGAAGAAGCUCCAGAAAAAUAACGAUCCAAACAACCUAAGGCUAACCUAAUUGUGCAUACCGCGUGGUAAUUUGUUAGUAGCUGUGCCCUUCUUGAUGAGAUCUAUAAUUUCAUUUUAAUUAUACAGAAAACACACACACACAAAGAUAAAUUAGGGAAGUAUCAUUUUGUGUGAACGAUGGCAGAGUGUAAUUAUCGUCGGAAAUCUACUUAAAUCCAUAUGAAUAUUUAUUAUUUAUUGUGUUUGUAAUACAAUAAAACUAUGCAUGUGAAGCAAGCAAACAAUGGUAUUAAGACCCAAACAAAGUCGCUAAACCUAAAAUGUACUUUUCUCAGUUAUUACAAGAUUUUAUGUUACUCUCGAAAUAGACGCAUACUAUAAAACAUAGGGCAAAUGACUGAACGCUACCCAAUAGUGAUCUUUUAGUUACAGAGAAGGUAAAAUGAAGGGAUUGUAUGCGAUAAAAAAAGAUCGAAACGGAUAUUUGGCUAUUCUGAUAUCAAACCAAAAUCAAAUUCAGGAUCAGGAAACUGAGUGUAUAAUGCUAUUUAAAUGGAGAGAAGUGUGUGUGAAUCGUGACUAGAAAAAAAAAUGAUAAAACAACAUGGACAGAUACAGGAAUGUCGAUUUGUGUCUAAUCUGAGCAGUCUUUCAAGCUUCUUAUACGAGAAAUCCGUGUCUAGGAAGAACUAGCAAAUACCUACAAUAACAGCGCUUUAUGCAUACGUGUUAUACUGACAGAGCUGUUUCAUGUGACGUAUUUUCCGGAGUCAGUCGGUUUUUAGUUAACGUUGUCGUCGAAGGAGUAA